AUGACAAGUCCUAGACGUUUUAGAAAAGUUGGCCAUAGUGUUAUUCCACACUUGGAUUGGGAUUCCCCAUCGGCAGCAACGGGAACGGUGAAACGAAGAAGAUCCUCUUGUCCAGAACAAUCGUCGAAAGGACAUCUUCUAAAGGAUGAGGGCAUUUUCGAAGAACAAACUCCAUCAGAUUCUGGCAGUGGCACAUCAAAGAGUUUCGACGAGACCGAUAAGUCUGACUCUCUCGUAGAAAUAGAAGAAAGGAUAACAUGUAUUAUCAAUGAAAACAGAUCAUCUCAAAGCAAUUCAGAAUCAAGUGAUGUAGACAUAAUAAUUGAUAGUAUUCUACAAAAUCCCGUCGACGAGGAUUUGUUUGUAUCAAACGAUUUGUUUAGAUGUGAUCGUAGCAAAACUUUCAUAAAACCACAUGACACAUUAUUAGAUAGAAAAUGUUUAAAUUCAAUAGAAAGUGUCCAAAGGACAAAAGAUAAGAAACCAAAAACCCCACUGCCUAUUAAAAAGCUCAACAAAUCGUUAGAUAUCGGAAAAAGCACUAAAACUACAAAUAUAGAUAGAGUAAAUGAUAAAUCAAGUGUUCUUCCUAUUUAUAAGAGCACGGUUCGAAGUAACGAUAUAGAGUUAAGUGGUAAUCCUAAGAAAAAAACUUCGAAAUUAAAGUUGCCAUUUUCACCAGUAAAAGUCAUGGACAAACCAAAGUUUUUUCAAGGUAAAACAACUUCACAAGAAGCUAAACCUUCGCCACACUUAGCAUCCCCAGUUCGAAGAACAAUAUCAAAUGAAUAUGUUCGUUUAAAAUUUGGUAACGAUACAGUUGUUAGACGCACUAUUGGUGGAAAAUCUAUACAAAAGAUCACACCGAAAAUUCAAUCGAUUAUCCCGGAAAGUCCAAUUGAUAACGAAGAUCCAUUUUUAAAUUUAAGCCCUAAUAAAAAGUACACAGUUACGAUUAAUAAUAAAGUAAGAUGUGACAAGGACAACUAUGUUAUAUUUGAUCCUAAAACUGGUUUUAAAAUAGAUGAGACAACUAAGCAAAUACCUCCUAAAGCCGGUGAAAAAUCGCGGAUUCCUUUAAAAUCUCCAAGUGGUGAUAAGGCUAUAGUUACAAGAAAAUCAGUUAAUGUUAGUGAUACGGAUAGUGGUAUACUGUCUCCUAAUUCUCCUGGUGAAGCGAGUGAAAAAGUGCCCACGUAUUAUGUUAAUGUUGCUGUUUUUAGUGAAACAGCAAAAAAAUCUACUUCAGAGCUGGACAUCCAAAUACUAGAUCCAGCUAUCGCGAAAAAAGCAACUGAGCAAAUAAGGAUCUACACAGACUGGGCGAACCAUUAUCUGGAAAGGGCGCGUUCACGGCGCCGAGCAGGCACGUCAGGUGGUGGACUCGCUCGCGACUGCGCUGAUGGUCUGUUACUAGCUGAUGUGCUAGAAGGAGUCACUGGACAGAAAGUGCCGAGAGCGCAUCGUAAGCCCCGCAAUCCUCAACAAAUGUUGGAGAACGUCCAAUGCUGUUUAGACUUUUUACACGCUCAAAAAGUCCAAGGAUUAGAACAAGUAACAGCUGUUGAUAUUCGGGACGCCAAACUAAAAGCUGUAUUAGCACUAUUUUUUGCAUUGAGCCGACACAAGCAGGCAUCGAAACAGCGUACAGUGCCACCUUGUAGCAAUGCAACGAACUCCGGAAAGAGUUUAAACGAAGACGUUCCAGCUUUAAGUUCCGUCCAGAGAAUAACAGGGGGCAGUAGUUGCGAUGAAAUUUUAACAGCUUGUGGAAAUAACGUCGAAAUGACGACACUAACAGCUAAUAGACAAGUGUCGGUGCUGCAGACGUCCAUACCGCUGCCGGCGUCGGCGGCGGCAGUGCGACGUGCACCACCAGACAAACGCCCUCUUCCAGCCACACCCGUGCACGGAAAAAGUGGUCUCUCGGCGAGCUCUAGUCGAUCAACGAGUCCCCUUGGUCAAGGAGCAGUCAGUUUCAUACCAAGAGCACCAGCUUCAUCAUCUGGAUCAAGACCAAAUUCGUCAUUGCUUGCACCUGGUAGUAAAAUUCCAUCAACUUUAUCUCAACCACAACCACAUUUACAAACUGUGACCAGUCAAAAUGGCACUCCCACAAAACAGUCGAUGCUAGAUAAGUUAAAACUAUUCAACAAAGACAAAAUAAGUAGUGAGAAACAAAAUAGUAAAAGUACUGCGGUAUCUAAGCGUACUAGCUCUUCUAGUGGAUUUUCAUCUGCGAAAAGUGAACGAUCUGACUCCAGUUUAAGUCUUAAUGAAUCUGCGAAUGCGACAAACACACAUAUCAAAUCGUCUAAUCUAGUUGGACCUAAGAGUAUAAGGCAACAAAAUGAGAACUUAAUAAAAGAUAAAUCUGGUAAAAAUGUAAAAUCUAAAUUAGUUAAUACAAAAAUUGUGAAAGAACCUUCGUCUAAUUUAAAUAAGUCAAGCAUUCGGUCUAAUAGUAAUGAAAAAUCAAAAAGCAGUCCAAAAUUACCUGCAAGGGAAAAGGAAUCUAAAUUAGCAGCACCUAAGUCUGUAAGUAAUACGAGGUUAAAUCAAAUAGAUGAUCAUUUAAGAAGUUCAAAAACAAAAUUGGAAUCAAAAAUGGCAAAACAUUCUGGAAGUCAAUUAAAACUUAGUGAUCAACGUAUGGACAAUAAUUUAGAUAGCAAAACUUAUGAAAAUACAAAACAUAUACCGAAUCAAACACAAUCUCCCUCACCCACAAAUGGGCAACCUUUACAAAAUCACACUGGGAUUCCUAAACCUACUGCAGCAGUUAAAGGAACAACAAAAAUAUCAAAAGAUGAAAAACACGUUAUAAGUAAGAGUACAAAUAGUCAAUUAAGUCCAAUACAAAGUAACUCCAGUUUAAAUUCCACUAAUAAUGUAAGUGCUCAUCCAUUCUCUAGAGAACAAUCUAAUCUAAGUAAAGAAAUAUCUCAAAAACAAACUUUAGCUGUAUCGCCGAUGCCCGUGGUUAAUUCUGGAAAUCAAAAUCCUACUUCACAGAUGUCUGAAAGUUCGCAUUCAAAUUCAACUCAUAGUACAACUGGACAACAAUCUAAUUCCAGUGACGGCAGCGUGAUAUACCGCCCUUCAAGUGAAUCAGGAUCUGAAAUAUCAAAAACUAGUAAUGUGACUCCAAACAAAAGAUUAGAUAUGAACACAACAUAUAUUAAUGAUGUUAUAAAUGAAGCUGAAAUAUCAGAGAAAGAAGCGGCUCAAAAGAGAAUUACUGACAAAUCUAUAACUAAACCAAUAUUUGAACUAAAUAGGACGUUAACAGAAUAUGAUAAAAAUGAUAGUCGCUCCAGUACGCCAUCUCACUGUAGGGAUAAUUCGCUUGGAGAAGAUGAAAAUCCAUUAAUGAAUGUUUUACCCAUGAGACCUUUACUUAGAGGUUACAAUAGUCACUUGACUUUGCCAAUGAGAACGAACGGCUUGGCACAAAAAAAUAUUCCAGGGUAUCCACAUCAUGCUAACACUGUCAAGGCUAAUUUUGGUCGAGAAAACAUGACUAUACGUGAGCGUAUGAAUUAUGGACCUGGCUUUUCUAACCCAGACUAUUGUGAUCUUGAAAUUGCCUCCGGAUACAUGUCCGAUGGAGACUGCCUUAGAAGAAUAAACGUGAGUGAUAUGGACAGUGCAAGAAAUAACGAUAUAAUGGACGGAUACAUGUCAGAAGGUGGUGCAUCGCUAUAUGGCCGACGCAUGAAUUAUCAGCAACCAUCUCACUUCCAACAGCUUGAGGAAAGACGUGGGGGAGUUCGUAGAGGCAUGGAAGGCGGUAGUGGCGUGGUGUACCGAGUGGUAGGCCGGACGCGCAGUAAGGCCGACUGCGGACAACAGACUGAGAGACAGCCACCGCCACCUAGACAAGACACAACAUGGAAGAAAUACACAGAUUCGCCCGGUGUAGGAGCUCCUCCACUUAAUCAACCACCAGCUCCACCAAGUCCUUCCCAUGGGCGAAAAGGUGAGCGCCGCACUGGUCACCAUUCACCACAACACCACAAAAGGGAAAAACUUACGGCUGCACAACAGCUUGGAAUAGCUCCACAUCCUCAGUACCCUGCUCCGAACUCAUCAAAUCAGCACGCUUCGCGGGGUGGAAGCUCACAGUUGCAAUCGCCGAGUGGACCGUCAUCGCGACCGUCAAGUGUUUCCAGUGGAGGGAACGGCAGUAGCUGUUCGUCUGGUAAAGCUAAAGUACCGCAGAGCUUUGGUUAUGUUAAGAGACAAAAUGGCUCCCAACCUCCACCGCCUCCCGCUAAUGGUCCACCACAACAUGGUCACGUUGGCAGAACCGCUCAAGUAUCUGCAGUACCGAGAACAAAAGUUAAAGUGUCGGGAGGCACUCAAACUUGUACACAAGACCUACAAAUACACAAAAACGGCAUCGGACCCAAAUCAUACUCAUUAGGAGGAACUGCAGCUGCACAACUGUCUGCUUCUGUACGGGAAAGACUUCUAGGAUCACAGUCUUUACCAAAACCAGGGACACACGAGUUCGCUGCCUUGUUCCAUCAUCAUAGGGCAUCGCCUAGAGGCGGAAUGAAAAUCAGUGAUGGAAGUCUCUCAGACACUCAAACAUAUUCCGAAGUCAAAUCAGACUACGGAAUACCAUACGCUCCAUGGUUGAGACACAGCAAUACAUACUCCGCGAGUGGGCGCCUGUCCGAAGGCGAGUCGCUGGAGUCGCUCACGUCGCUGCAGUCGGCGCACGCGCACAACCACACCUCCUCCCCUAACUCACAUCACCGCAGCUCACUUACACACAAUAAGCUCAUCAUGCACCGAGACGCGCAGAGCUCCCGUCUCAACAGGAGCAACAGUAUUAGCUACCUCAGAGAUAGGACAUUUCCAAGAUCAACAAAAUCGGAAAAGUUAUACCCUUCAAUGCUGCAAAGGUCUUCGGAGAGUGAUUACGAGCCAUAUUAUUGUUUGCCGGUGCAGUAUGGACCAGGGGCACAAGGUCUGAACUACGGUGUCUCCGAGCCCCCUUCCCCAUCUCCUCGCUCAGCGCUGAGCCCUACGCACCAGCCCGGCAACGUGAUGCACACGCCGCGACACUCGCACCAUUAUCCUAAAAAGAAUGACGAAGUGCACGGUUCGACCGCGUCUUUGGUAUCGACGGCGUCGUCGUUGGCCGCAGGUGCUGGGACGGAUGAGAGACAAGCUCAUGAGGUAAUUGACUUCUUAUAAUUAGUUCGAAAGUUGAGAAGAGAGCUGGCGGACGCGAAAGAAAAGGUACACACGCUGACGACCCAACUGACCACAAACGCACAUGUCGUUUCAGCUUUCGAACAGAGUCUUUCCAACAUGACGCAGCGCUUGCAGCAGCUAACAGCAACAGCAGAACGAAAGGACUCCGAGUUAACAGAGCUGCGUCAAACAAUUGAACUGCUUCGUAAGCAGUCGAUUCAGGCUGGUCUGACCACUGCACAUAUGCAGUCCAUGGGUAUACGAGCAGAUGGCGUCAAUGUCACAGGACCGGUAACACAAACACAGCAAUCUUCACCUCAACGGUUAGCUCAGGGUAAUGGAGCUAUCACGCGCCACCUGUCAACGGAUAGCGUCUCUAGCAUAAACAGCCUAAGUAGUGGAUCUUCAGCCCCUCAUGAUAAAAAACAUAAAAAGAAGGGUUGGUUGCGCUCAUCAUUUACAAAGGCGUUCUCGAGAAACGCCAAGAUAUCUAAGACGGCAAAGCACUCGUCCCUCGGGCAACUGUCAUCACAAGACAGCUCGUCGGGCUCUCAUCACUACGACGAUCCGCACACGAUCCGCGAGGGAAGCAACGAGAAUAGUCUAGAACAUUCCCACGAAACUCUCGACACUAAAGACAAAACGACGUGCCCUCCGGCGGCUACUGAGGAACAGACCAAAGAAAAACAAGAUCAGUCGGGCUUAGUCGACGAAUUGAAGAGGCAAUUACGAGAAAAGGAUUUGGUGCUCACGGAUAUAAGGUUAGAGGCGCUUAGCUCAGCGCAUCAACUCGAAAGUCUUAAGGAUACUGUCAUAAAAAUGAGGAACGAGAUGUUGAAUUUGAAACAAAACAACGAGCGAUUGCAGCGACUAGUUACAUCUAGGUCGUUGGCCGGUAGUCAGAGUUCUUUAGGUACUGGAGGAUCUGCGGUCGAAGAUCCAAGGAGAUUUAGCCUUGCCGAUCAAGCUACAAUGCAUCAGGCAGCCAUAGAUAUUCAUUCUCAACCUUUAGAUCUAGACUUCAAUUGCAUGUCGUCGACUCCAUCUCGAGAUCUUUCUAAAAAAGGAUCUCCAAAAUCUAGUAUAGUAGAGCCGAUAUACGGUAACAAGGCGGUUUGUGAACUAAAUGAAAACAGUGAAGCCUUAUUAGGAGCUUUAAAUGGUUCGAGUGACAUAUUUACAAAUGGACUAAGUGCCGGGGACAGGAUAAGCGGUGAUUACGAUAUCAAUACUGUGCUACCGCCCCCUAAGAGCCGUGAGCUAGCGAUAGGAGAAAGCUAUUCAGAUAUCGGUGUCGCCGACAGUCAGGGCGAUACGACGGACGGGAAGAAAAUAGCAAUUGCGGUAUAUUUAGGACAGCCAGAAACAUUCCAAAGAUAUUUCGAGGAAGUUCAAGAUACGUUAACGGAAUCGGAAUGCAGAUUUUAUGCCAAGCAAACUGCUGGCGCGUUUAAUAAUCAUUUCGACAAGCAACCCAGUUUCGAUUCACCGAGGAUAUCUCAAAACCAUAGUCCCGAAGUCGAAACUCAAGAUUACCCACAAACUAUUAAUAAAUCGAAUACGAAUAGCCUUAAAAGUAAUAAAUCUACGCACAGUAAUUCGUAUAAGAACGUGUACAAUAGUGAUUCGACAAUAAACUGUAAUGAGUUCACUAUAGCGUACACAUAUAUAUCUGGCAAGACCACUUGGCAGAAUUUAGACUACAUAGUUAGAAAAACUUUCAAGGACUACCUAUCGAGGAUAGAUCCUGGAACGAAUCUCGGUCUCAAUACCGAUUCAAUAACAUCCUAUCAUUUGGGCGAAGCGACACGUGGACCGGAAAUAGGUUUUCCUGAACUAUUACCUUGCGGUUACAUAAUCGGGACCGUUAACACGUUGUAUAUUUGCUUACAAGGCGUUGGAAGCUUAGCUUUUGACAGUCUUAUACCAAAAAAUAUUGUAUAUAGAUACGUUUCACUGUUAUCGGAACACCGGAGAGUGAUACUUUGCGGACCAAGCGGCACUGGAAAAUCGUACUUGGCGGCUAAAUUGGCGGAAUUUUAUGUACAAAGGACGCAGCGAAGAGGAAAUCCCGUAGAAGCCGUAGCAACAUUUAACGUGGACCGCAAGUCGUGCAACGAGCUGCGCGCGUACCUGGCGAACAUCGCGGAGCAGUGCGGCGGCGCGGGCGAGGAGCUGCUGCCGGCCGUGGUGCUGCUCGACAACCUGCAGCACGCCUCCGCGCUGGGCGACGCCUUCGCCGGCCUGCUGCCGCCCGACAACCGGAACAUGCCCGUCAUUAUCGGUACCAUGUCACAAGCAACUUGUAAUACAACAAACCUCCAGUUACACCACAACUUCAGGUGGCUGUUGACCGCCAAUCAUAUGGAACCAGUAAAAGGAUUCCUGGCACGAUACCUGCGGCGAAAGUUAUUCUCACUGGAAUUGAGGCUAGGGCGUCGUGAGCCAGCAUUGGCAGCAGUUCUAGAAUGGCUGCCAGGAGUAUGGUCCACCCUCAACGCCUUUUUAGAAGCUCAUUCCUCCAGUGACGUCACAGUAGGACCUCGACUGUUCCUCGCGUGCCCUAUGGAUUUGGAAGCUAGUCAGGCGUGGUUCGCGGACGUGUGGAACUACAGCAUCGUGCCGUACGCGUCGGAGGCGGUGCGCGAGGGCGUGGCGCUGUACGGGCGGCGGCGGCACGCGGCCGUCGACCCGCUGCAGCACGUGCGCGCCUCGUACCCCUGGCGGGAGCCCAACCACUCGCACACCUUGCGACCAAUAUCCGUUGAAGAUGCUGGAAUUGACGAAACCAAUCAAGACGCGAACACUAACAACAAUCAAGAUCCUUUGUUAAACAUGCUAAUGAGACUUCAAGAGGCCGCAAACUAUAGCGGCAAUCAAAGCCAAGACUCUGACAACGCCAGUAUGGACUCGAAUCUCACUCACGACAGCUCCAUGGGCAACGAGCUUUAAAACGACACGUCCACUUGAAUUCUCCUCAGAAACUUUGAGUCUACGUGUGGAUCCAGUAUUAUAUAUUUGUGACACAUACCUGUACACUAUACUUUGUUCCUUUAUUUUUCAUAGAAAUAUUUAUUUAAUAAUGCUUCAUAGUCUGUUACUAUAUUGUCAAAAAGAUUAUUUGUGAAAUAAUAAAUGAAAAAUUUGGAUUUAAAUACAUAACUGCAUUUACUAUUACUUGUCACAUGUUAAAUAUACUAUACAAAGCCAAAUAUUUGCCAUAUGUACAUUAUUAAUAUUUAUUUGUCGAAUAAAAAGUCUUUUAGUUUAUUUGUUUUAGGCUUUAAUACUCUUGUAAAUUGAUAUAUUGAUAAUUCUACUUUAUUUCUAAUGCUAGGAAAGGAUUCGCUCUGCAUAUUUGUGAAUUUUGGCAAAUAUUGUAAGCAAGAGUACUAGCCUUUCUAUCUAUUUUCAGUGUUUAUGAAAUUUUUAACAAUUGAGUUAAAAACUUUAAUACGAUAAUAACAUAACUUUCGAGAACUAUUAGUGCCUGGAGCGAGGUAUUCCAUUUUUGUGAAAUAUUUGAACAGUGUAGGACUGUUACUGUUUAUAUUAUAUUAAGGCAAUGUGGCUUUUACUAUUGUUAUAUUUUCAAAGUUAGGAUAUGGACACGUUUGUAUUACUAUGAUAUUGUAUGUAAUAUAUUAUUAUGAAAGUGUAAUUUUUAUACCAUUUUCAUAUUAAAACUCAUGUACCUAAUAAAAGUAAUAAACUGUAAAUACAAAAAUGUUUAAUAUAAAUUUUUUUUUCUCAAUGUGUCUACACUAACCGCCAUUAUGCCAUGAUUAAACGUUAAUUUUGUAUAGAAAAUGUGUAACACAACGUUACAGUGUUCAGUAUCGAUUUAAUUGUGUGCAUAACUGAAACGUGAUAUAUACAAUCUAUGCUUUACAGAAAUUGUGAAAAUAAACAUUGAUUACAUUAAAA